AUGGCAAACCCGCAAGGCAUGCAGACGCCUCUCUCGGUGGACCGAUACGUGGUCCUUCACGCCGCCACUACUUGCGACGAGCACGGAGUCUACGUCACGAAGGAUUCGGCCGAGGUUAUAGAGCUUGGUUGGAUUCUUUUGGACGCCAAGACUCUUGAGGAGCUACACCACGAGAGCGUUCUCGUCAAGCCCGUGAACACACCGAUAACUCCUCUUUGCACUAGCCUGACCACUUUGACCUGGGAACAUGUGCGUAACGCAGGCACUUUCCGCGACGCAAUUAAUCGUUUCGACGCGUUUGCCUCGGAGCACCUGACGUCGCAGAACCUCGAUUUCGUUUUUGUUACAUUUGAGGCUUGGGAUCUCCGUGUUCAGCUCCCCAGAGAAGCACGAGACAAGUCUGUGGUCCUGCCACCGUAUCUUCAACACUCCCGUACCUUCGACCUGCGAACCGAAUACCAGCGAUGGCUUCAGCAUCACCCCGAGGCGUUGACGUUCGCCACGAGCACCUUGACCAACAUAUGCGCCGCGUUGGAAGUAGAGGCGGUGCAGUCGAGCGCCCCCAUAAAACACAACCUGCCCUUUCACCUCCAGGCAUUGGCUCCGGCCUCGCCGAGGCGCGCUAUGGAUGAGGCCAUUACGCUGGCCCGCGUGCUGCGUGGCCUGAUCAGGAAAUCGCAACCUUUGCAAGACCACCCGGAUGUUUUGACGCGGCCUCUCGAUGCUCGCGCCGACGUCCGCGCAUUUCUGUCGGAAAGGAGCAAGGUUCUUCACAUGUCAGGGCUUCCACACGACACUACUCAGUCGGAAUUGGAGAGCUGGUUCACCCAAUUUGGCGGACGUCCCAUUGCUUUCUGGACACUGCGAACCCCGGAACAACACAAACCUACGGGGACGGGAUUCGCUGUUUUCUCUUCCCAUGAAGAGGCCGCCGAAAGUCUCUGCAUGAACGGUAGAGCUCUGAACGAAAAGGCCAUUGAGGUGUCGCCCUCAUCCAGCCGUGUCCUCGAUCGCGCGGCGGAGAUUCUCACACCCUUCCCACCCAGUAAGAAUCGGCCGCGUCCUGGCGACUGGACUUGCCCGUCCUGCGGCUUCUCUAACUUCCAACGACGGACGGCUUGCUUCCGGUGCUCGUACCCGGCCGGUAAUAAUGGACCUGCAGGUGGUGACAUGGGUUACGGAUAUGGAGGAGGAGGUGGUGGCUACGGCCCUCCGGCUCUGAUGCCCCCGCCUCAGCACCACGUUGGUCACCAUGGACCCAUGCAUGGAGGUGGUCGUAUGGGUGGAGGUGGUGGCGUUGUUCCCUUCCGUGCGGGUGACUGGAAGUGUGGCAACGAAAUUUGCGGAUACCACAACUUCGCCAAGAACGUGUGCUGUCUGCGGUGUGGUGCAAGCCGUGCUACGGCUGCCGUUGUCGGUGACUCGGGCUAUCCUUCGCCCAUGGUCGAGCCACCCUCAAACUACAUGAGCCCUGCCUCUAUGGGAGGCCCUACUCCUGGUGGCCCAGGACCCUUCUCAGGUGGUGGUGCCGGGUAUCAGUCUGGCGGUAACUACGGUCAACCGUACGGUGGCCCGCAGAGCACAUAUGCUCUCCCUUCUGGCCUCGCUGGAGGUGGCGCUCCAUACCCGUCCCUGAACACGCAUUUUGCCCCCGCUCCUGGCAUUCAUUCUGCUGGACCCUUUGACAGUCGCGCUGCCGAGGCAGCAUUCCAGUCGGCCUCCAACGGACCUGCCUCUGCCGGUCCCGGUCCUUCAAGCUUUUACGGGCAUAGCGAGAAUGAUCCUUUUGCCUUCCUAUCAUCUGGAAUGGGCAGCCUGAGUGUCAACGCAAGCGACUCGAGACAGAACGGAAGCGGUGUGCCUCCAAGCAAGUCGCCCGCCUAA